GGAGCCUCUUCAGGUUCGUCGUCGGCAGAGGGCGCUGACGCCGCCCCUCGUCGGUCGCCGUCGUCAGCCGGGGCCUGCUCCCUGAGCUCAGCACCUGCUUCAAUAUGGUGGCUCUGGGCCCGCCGGCUCGCACGCUGCGGGCCCUUCUUCGGGAACUGCGGUACUUGAGCGCGGCCACAGACCGGCCCUACAAGGACACAGCAGCCUAUCGGUACCUCGUGGAGGCCUUCCGGGCGCACCGGGUCACCAGUGAGAAGCUCUGCAGAGCUCAGCAUGAGCUACAUUUCCAAGCUGCUACGUAUCUUUGCCUCCUUCGAAGUACUCGAAACCAUGUGACCCUUCACCAGGAAUUUCAUGGCAAGGGUGAGCGUUCUGUGGAAGAGGCUGCUGGCGUGGUGGGUCUCAAGUUGCCCCAGCAGCCUGGAGGGAAGGGCUGGGAGUCUUGAGAAUGGAAAGACACACUGGACGCUGCUUUCAUACAAGAACUUCACAGUUAUCUCCGGUUCUCAACUUGUAUUGAUGAUUAAAUGUAAAAAAUAAGUGUUCACAAAAAUUACUUAUAUGUAGUUUUAUUUUCUGUAUGAUUCUCAGGUCACUGGGAAGUUUCUGUUUCAUUAUCAAUGAAUGUACUACUCUUGUCCUAAUGUGAUACUUCCUGACCUACUUUGAGUUGUCUUAGCAAUAACAGGGAUAACAAUUUACACAGACUUAUCACCUUACUGCACUAACCUUGCCUUUGGCAGCUUUUGAAAUUGCUGUCUAGAUUAAGGGUACAGACUAUGAACCAUGGAGAGAUCAGUCCAUUGUCCUGGCUUUAGCAGGAUUAAGACAACUGCCCAUUACAAGGUAAACCCAGAUUUUCCAGCAUUUUUUAUAUUGGACAGAGUCUAAUAUUUGAUAAUAUCUGACAUUGAGCGUAUAUAUAGUUGGCAUUUUUGAGUGUACGGUAUAAAGAACAUAGGCUUUUCAUAUUCAGCAUACUCUGUAUAGUGAUCUGUUCACCUUUAAGUAGUUGUCCAACCAAUGUACUCUGCUAAAGUAGUCAUAUGUAGUAAAUUUUUGAUGACUUGGGAGUAAUUCACUCUAAGUCCUUAAGUUCUUAAUUUGGGGUCCUGGAGCUUUUUUUGAUGUCUGCAUUUUAAUUUAUUUCCCUUGUAAUAUUAUGUAUUUUAUACAUUUAAAAACAUUAUCCUUAGGAGUCUAUAGGUUUCACUAGAUUUCCAUGAUACUAAAAAUGUUAAUCAACCCUUGAUUUAGAAACAAAAUUAUUAUAAGGUAUAAUCUCUGCCUUUCAGAAAGCUUAAGAUUCCUAUCACAAAGACAAACAUAGACUGUUCAUCUAGAUGCAAGAAAUAGGAAAAAAAAGUAGAAAACAUCUGCUGUAGUUUCUUAUUUUGAUUUUGGGUUUUUUGCCUGGUACUUGAAGGGUAUUAGAAGUGCUAAAGGGGUGGGUUGAAGACAUUUUUCCUUUAUAAAAAUGGAGUGUAUUUUUUUAAAAAUUAGGUAUUAAAAUUGAGGGAUAAUGCCUAAAGCAAUGAAAAUCAUCAUUUGUGUCAUUACUUUAUAAAUUCAACUUUGCCUGG